AAAGUUACAUGCUUGUUACGUCAUCACACAGAAGGGAAUAUGCUGAAUACUCUAUCUGCAGGGAAAUAUUGCACACGGCCCCAACUGCAGACGCUGCAAUACCCACACGUGUCACGGCCUCAUUCCUGCGAGUGGGGUAAACUGCUGACGCCGAUGAGACUCCAACGUAACGUGAUCGCGCCACUGCGAGUCACUUUGAUUCUUGUAUCGAUCAGGUCAACUCGCCCGUAAAAUUAAGUUAAUAUAAGUAAUUUUUGUAACUUGUUAUUUUUCGUAAUUAAAUUAGUGUUAGAAAUUUUUGGUUUUUUUUGAGUACUCCGGCUACCGCGAUCAUAAUUGGCGCAGUCGGUAGGAUACUCACGGGAAGAACGAAGAACAACGUGGAAGAUCUCCCCGGGUGGCUUUCAAGUCACAAUCGAGAGUAUCCUGAAUCUACGAUCCAGUGCCGGAGAAUCCAGACAUCGAUUGCAACUCGAGAAGACCAAGAAGAAGAUGUGUAUGAUACUGCUGAUGCUGACAGUGACUGCAGGACUGGCACAGGAAAUAAGACUUGAGACUAUGGAUGACGGACCGGGCAUCUUACCGUUUAAACUAGGGUCGAUGAGAAUGGUGACACACCACCAUAGCUUUGUGCAAUACAUCGAGCUUACUAACAUCGAUGACAAAAUUAAUUUAAUAAGGUCUCAAAUAACAGAAAUGGAAAAUAAAUUACCUAAUGAUACCCAUUCAUUAUUCGAAAUUCAAAUUACUUACCUUAGUUCGAAAUUAGAUAAAGUAUCGUAUCAAUUACAAAGCUUAGAACCACAUAGGAUGAAGCGAGGCCUCAUUGAUGGCCUAGGCUCGGUUAUCAAAUCGUUAACCGGGAAUCUAGAUUAUACCGACGCGAUUAAGUAUAACAAGGCAAUUAAAGCGCUUAGUGACAACCAGGUAAAAGUAACUUCUCAAGUAAAUAACCACAUAAGUCUUAGCAAAGACUGGAUGGGUCGCCAUGCCAAUAUAAUUUCACAGUUGGUCGAAAACCAAAAAAAGAUAAAUGAGACUUUACAUUUGGUAUUAGAUAGCGAAAGCUAUAAGCAAAGUAGCCUUAUAAAAUACGCCAAACUGGCACAACUUUUAACUAUAAUUAGUGAUAACGUAGAAGUACUAUCGGAUGAACUACUGAGAAUAGAAGAUGUUUUAGCGUUUGCACGUACAUCGAGUACGCAUCAUUCUAUUUUAGGUAUAGAUGUUUUAAGUAAAAUGUUAACAGGUCUUACGAACCUUUAUGAUAAGCAACAAUUAUUAGAUUUAGAUUUGCGAGAAUAUUAUGACGUUAUAAAAACUGGAUCGUAUUACACCGGCAAUAGAAUAGUUAUAAUCUUUAAAAUUCCCAUAAUAUCCCCUUACACUUACGAUCUCUUUAAACUUGCUAUAGUACCUAAUAAAAAAAAACAGAUCCUAGUCCCUCCUUACCCUUUAGUAGCAACCAAUGGUAAUAUCUAUGUGUACGUAGAGGCUGAAUGCCCGAAGUAUGACACUCGCUACCUCUGUGAGGACAAACUAAGCCGACAGAUGAGGACGGAGCCGGACUGCAUUCAGAAGCUCAUCACCAACCAGAUCAUCGAUUCAUCGUGCCAACACACCACCAUUGCUUUGCUUAGAGAAACUAUGGAGAAACUGGACGAUCGCCGUUACGUCAUAGUAUUCCCACGACCUACGAAUAUACAACUUACCUGCGAGCGCGACGAGUUUCGGACAUUGGAGGGAAGUUUCCUUGUUACCAUACCACACAAAUGCUCACUACGUACCAAGGAAUUCACUAUCUAUAAUAGCAACGACGUCGUCAAAGGACAACCAAUGAAGAUCAUUAACAUUCCGCCAAACUACGAGAUGGCAUCCGUGACGCAGCCUCCGAUUAACCUAGAAUCAAUCAAUCUCAACGAGCUAAGAAGCAUACAGACCAGAAUCAUGUCGCAAGAACCAAUUGAACUGGAUAAACUAAACACGGGAUCAUUUUACCAUACUACUCUACCAUUCUACAUAGUAUUGAUAAGUACAUGUGCACUCACUAUCAUCGUACUGUACAAAAAAUAUUCCAACCGCCCAAAGAAAGGCGAUAAGAACCCAUCCACCACUGAACAACUACAUCAUUACGAGAAACCUGGUUCUUCCAAAGUUAUCCAGCAUCCUGCAACAUUUUUACUAAACGUGAAAAAAUAGUUGCCAGUCUUCGGGAGGGAGGUGUUACGUCAUCACACAGAAGGGAAUAUGCUGAAUACUCUAUCUGCAGGGAAAUAUUGCACACGGCCCCAACUGCAGACGCUGCAAUACCCACACGUGUCACGGCCUCAUUCCUGCGAGUGGGGUAAACUGCUGACGCCGAUGAGACUCCAACGUAACGUGAUCGCGCCACUGCGAGUCACUUUGAUUCUUGUAUCGAUCAGGUCAACUCGCCCGUAAAAUUAAGUUAAUAUAAGUAAUUUUUGUAACUUGUUAUUUUUCGUAAUUAAAUUAGUGUUAGAAA